CUCAAAAGCCAUGGCUCGAUCUUCCAGAUCCUCUACGACGCGUCUCCUCUACACCCUAUAUUCCUCCCCCAAGACGACGCCGUCUCCGUCCCCAUUCCCACCACCACCGCCAUGCCCAUGCUCGUCUCCGAUCUCUGCUCUUCUCGCCGGAAACUUCCAUCUCCGGCGGUUCUCUUCCGGCAGCGCCGCCCGGGUGAAGGAGGAGAAGGACGCGUGGUGGAAGGAGUCGAUGGAGAAGCUCCGGAAUAUCGGAAUUUCGGCGCAUAUCGAUUCCGGGAAGACGACUCUGACGGAGAGAAUUCUGUUCUAUACGGGAAGAAUUCAUGAGAUUCAUGAGGUUAGAGGGAAAGAUGGAGUUGGGGCGAAGAUGGAUUCGAUGGAUUUGGAGAGAGAAAAGGGGAUCACUAUACAGUCUGCAGCUACUUACUGUACUUGGAAAGGGUAUCAGGUGAACAUAAUAGACACUCCGGGUCACGUUGAUUUUACCAUUGAAGUUGAGAGGGCUUUGCGUGUUCUUGAUGGUGCGAUUCUCGUCCUUUGCAGUGUUGGUGGUGUGCAAAGCCAGUCCAUUACUGUUGACAGGCAAAUGAGAAGAUACGAGGUUCCAAGAGUUGCUUUCAUCAAUAAACUUGACCGAAUGGGGGCAGAUCCAUGGAAGGUUCUCAGUCAGGCAAGAUCUAAGCUUCGACAUCACAGUUCUGCCGUGCAAGUUCCAAUUGGGCUGGAAGAGGACUUUCAGGGUCUUGUUGAUCUUGUGAAGUUACAAGCCUAUUAUUUUUGUGGUUCCAGUGGUGAAAAUGUCACCGCUGAGGAAGUACCUGCCAAUAUGAAGGAACUAGUUGCAGAAAAGCGGCGUGAACUAAUUGAAGUGGUUUCUGAGGUUGAUGAUAAACUUGCCGAGUUGUUUCUUGCUGAUGAGCCUAUAUCAUCGACUGAGCUUGAGGAGGCAAUCCGCAGAGCUACUAUAGCGCGGAAAUUCAUACCUGUAUUCAUGGGUAGUGCAUUUAAAAACAAGGGAGUGCAGCCACUUCUUGAUGGAGUUCUUAGUUAUCUGCCUUGCCCCAUUGAAGUUAGUAACUACGCUCUUGACCAAACUAAGCAAGAAGAGAAGGUUAUGUUGUCUGGAACACCAGUUGGACCCCUUGUAGCUUUGGCUUUUAAAUUGGAAGAAGGUCGUUUUGGUCAGUUGACAUAUUUAAGAAUUUAUGAAGGUGUCAUUAAGAAGGGUGAUUUCAUAAUCAACAUAAACACAGGCAAGAAGAUUAAGGUGCCCCGUUUAGUUCGGAUGCAUUCGAAUGAGAUGGAGGACAUUCAAGAGGCACAUGCUGGGCAAAUAGUAGCUGUAUUUGGUGUAGAUUGUGCUUCAGGAGAUACUUUUACUGAUGGGUCAGUUAGAUACACCAUGACUUCUAUGAAUGUCCCUGAGCCAGUGAUGUCAUUAGCUGUUUCACCAGUUUCUAAAGAUUCUGGAGGACAAUUCUCAAAAGCAUUGAAUCGCUUUCAGAGAGAGGAUCCUACUUUUCGUGUUGGUUUGGAUGCGGAGAGCGGCCAGACAAUUAUUUCUGGAAUGGGAGAGCUGCAUUUGGACAUAUAUGUCGAACGCAUCCGGAGGGAGUAUAAGGUUGAUGCAACCGUUGGAAAGCCUCGCGUUAACUUCAGAGAGACCGUUACUCAACGUGCUGAAUUUGACUAUUUACACAAGAAGCAAACUGGAGGGCAAGGUCAAUACGGAAGGGUGUGUGGGUAUGUUGAACCGCUUCCACAUGGGUCGCCAACUAAGUUUGAAUUCGAAAACAUGAUUGUGGGACAAGCUAUACCAUCAAAUUUUAUCCCAGCAAUCGAGAAGGGUUUUAGAGAGGCUGCCAAUUCGGGUUCAUUAAUUGGACAUCCAGUUGAAAAUGUUCGUGUUAUUUUAACUGAUGGUGCAUCACACGCUGUGGAUUCUAGUGAACUUGCAUUCAAGUUAGCAGCAAUAUAUGCGUUUAGACAGUGUUAUUCAGCAGCAAGACCUGUGAUAUUGGAACCUAUUAUGCUGGUGGAACUGAAAGCGCCAACCGAAUUUCAGGGCACUGUGACUGGUGAUAUCAACAAGAGAAAAGGCGUGAUUGUCGGGAACGAUCAGGACGGAGAUGAUUCUGUUAUCACUGCCCAUGUCCCACUCAACAAUAUGUUUGGGUACUCGACAGCUCUUCGUUCGAUGACACAGGGUAAAGGCGAGUUCACGAUGGAAUACAAAGAGCAUGCGCCGGUUUCUCAGGAGGUGCAGAUGCAACUAGUGAACACAUACAAGGCAGCCAAGGCAGCUGAAUAGCUGUGGUUUUGUUUGAAGGCCACACUUGCAAGGUAAUCUAGGUCAUGCCUUAUACACUUUGAUAGAGAGUCGCAUGUAUUUUUUAUUUUUAUUAUUAUUUUUAUUUAUGGUUCUAGAUAUCCUGGUAUUUGUGAGGCCAAAAUUUUGGUCAAUAAUUUUGAGGAGCCCAAAUAAUGUAGUUCAACAUUUAUUUGGUUAUAGUGUGAGGCAACUGUACUUUCUGAUGUAUCACAUAUUCAAAGUAUUCAUAAUUUUUGUUGUUGCACAUAAUACAUAUGGCUAUAAAUUUUCGGGUAAAAGUUUUCUUUUA